CGCGCCGCUUCCGGUCCCCAGUGCCUGAGCGAAUGACUUCUCCCUCGGUGGGACUGGAGCUGGGCUUGCUGCAACCCCAGGGAGCCCACGAUCGCGCCGCCCCAGCCAGCGAGUCUGCCAGCACCAGCGUCUCACCGGCGCCUGGGACCAUGGCCACCGACUCGUGGGCCCUGGCGGUGGACGAACAGGAGGCGGCGGCUGAGUCGUUGAGCAACUUGCAUCUUAAGGAAGAGAAAAUCAAACCAGAUGCCAAUGGUGCUGUUGUCAAGACCAAUGCUAAUGCAGAGAAGGCAGAUGAAGAAGAGAAAGAGGACAGAGCUGCCCAGUCCUUACUCAAUAAGCUGAUCAGAAGCAACCUUGUGGAUAACACAAACCAGGUGGAAGUCCUGCAGCGGGACCCAAACUCCCCGCUCUACUCAGUGAAAUCAUUUGAGGAGCUUCGGCUGAAACCACAGCUUCUCCAGGGAGUCUAUGCCAUGGGCUUCAACCGUCCAUCCAAGAUACAAGAGAAUGCACUGCCUUUGAUGCUUGCUGAGCCCCCACAGAACUUAAUUGCCCAGUCUCAGUCUGGCACUGGUAAAACAGCUGCCUUUGUGUUGGCCAUGCUCAGCCAAGUAGAACCUGCACACAGAUACCCCCAGUGUCUGUGCCUCUCCCCAACUUAUGAGCUCGCCCUUCAAACAGGAAAAGUGAUUGAGCAGAUGGGCAAAUUUUACCCUGAACUGAAGCUAGCUUAUGCUGUCCGAGGCAAUAAAUUGGAAAGAGGUCAGAAGAUCAGUGAGCACAUUGUCAUUGGCACCCCUGGGACUGUUCUGGACUGGUGCGCCAAGCUCAAGUUCAUUGACCCCAAGAAGAUCAAGGUGUUUGUUCUGGAUGAGGCUGACGUGAUGAUAGCUACUCAGGGCCACCAAGAUCAGAGCAUCCGCAUCCAGAGGAUGCUGCCCAGGAACUGCCAGAUGCUGCUUUUCUCUGCCACCUUCGAAGACUCCGUAUGGAAAUUUGCCCAGAAAGUGGUCCCAGACCCAAACAUUAUCAAACUGAAGCGUGAGGAGGAGACCUUGGACACCAUCAAGCAGUAUUACGUCCUGUGCAAUAACAGAGAUGAGAAGUUCCAGGCCUUGUGUAACCUCUACGGGGCCAUCACCAUUGCUCAGGCCAUGAUCUUCUGCCAUACCCGCAAAACAGCUAGCUGGCUGGCAGCAGAGCUCUCGAAAGAAGGCCACCAGGUGGCCCUGCUGAGUGGAGAAAUGAUGGUGGAGCAGAGGGCUGCGGUCAUCGAGCGCUUCCGAGAGGGCAAAGAGAAGGUGCUGGUGACCACCAACGUGUGUGCCCGCGGUAUUGAUGUCGAACAGGUUUCUGUCGUCAUCAACUUUGACCUUCCCGUGGACAAGGACGGGAACCCAGACAAUGAGACCUACCUGCACCGGAUCGGGCGGACGGGCCGCUUUGGCAAGAGGGGCCUGGCAGUGAACAUGGUUGACAGCAAGCACAGCAUGAACAUCCUCAACAGAAUCCAGGAGCAUUUUAAUAAGAAAAUAGAAAGACUGGACACGGAUGAUUUGGACGAGAUUGAGAAAAUAGCCAACUGAGACACUCCACCACUCACCAGUGCCCACCUCUGGCACUCCGCCUGCACAGGAGACCAGUGUUUCCACAGCACAGGCCUCGAGAGUCACCACAAAGACAAAGGCAGAGGAGAGAGAAACUACCUACCUCAUUUUAAAUUACGUUUGGACUAGACAAAAAUUGUGCAAAUGAUGGGGGAAGGUAAAAAAAAUUGUUUACACAACUUCUGAAGAUUAGGCGUGAAUACACAGAAAUUUACCUUUUGGAA